CAACAACAAAAUCAGCAACAACAACAACUCAGCAACAACAACAAAAUCAACAACAGCAGCAAAUCAAUAAUAACAAAUCAGUCAAUCAAUCAACAUGUCAAACCAAGCAGCAGCCAUCAAGAUUCUCAAGAGCACCACCUGGUUUUCCAAAUGCAGCAAUGAACUGAUCACAGCAUUGGCCGCCAAGCUGGAGCUACUGGAUGUCGGCGAAGGUCAUGUGUUUAUCUCGGAAGGUCUUCCCAUGGACAAGUCUAUGAUUCUCGAGUCGGGCAGUUUGUUCCGGACCAAGAUGCACGUGGUCGAUGAUCUGGUGGAGGAAGAAGGGGGGCACAACAAGCGUAGAGCUUCCUUGAGCCAGUCUUUGCGGAACAUGAAGGCGGCUGAAGUGAGCAGUACCAUUCAAGAAAAUGCCGUGGUGGUGGAUAUUGUGCAAGGUCAUGGACAUGUCACGGGACUGUUGCACAUUUUCUCGGAGGAUUCUUGUGCCUUUGCUACUGUUACCAGUAAAACACCCGCCAAAGUUUGGAUCAUGUCUGCCAAAGAUUUCCGAGAGAUUUUAAGUUCCAAUCCAGCGUUUAUGCUUGAUAUCAUGGGAAACAUGGCCACCGAACUACGAACAGGUGGCAAAUCCUUGCGAGCUGUCAUGAGUCAACUCCAUAGCAAGGGUCUGGGAGGUGAUGCUAAAGAGAAUGAAAAAGAAACCUUGCGAGUACUGUGUUAUGAUACAACCUCAUGGGUAUCGGAUGCCUUUCAGCCUGCUGUCAAGGCAUUUAAUGCAGAUCCCAAAAAUUCCUUUCAGAUGAUGGUGGACUUCACCACGGAACGAUUGGGGCCACAGAGUGCGACCUACUCAGCAGGAUACGAAGCGAUUUGCACCUUUGUCAAUGACACUGCCGAUGCUGGUACCAUCCAAACUCUGAGUCGUUUGGGGGUGAAUAUGAUUGCCCAACGAGCAGCUGGAUUUGAUCGUGUGGAUACCAAAGCAGCACGUGCUUAUGGUAUGACAGUGGCCAGAGUCCCCGCCUACAGUCCCUAUGCCGUGGCAGAGAUGGCCAUUGCAUUGCUCAUGGCAGUAAAUCGCAAAACCACCAAAGCCAGCAGUCGAGUCAAAAUGGCCAACUUUUCCCUGGAUGCUGGUCUCCUUGGAGUUGAUAUUCAUGGCAAGACCGUGGGUGUCAUGGGCACUGGAAAGAUUGGUCAAAUUCUUUGCAACAUCAUAUUGGGAUUUGGAGCCAAACUUAUCUGCUAUGAUGUCUUUCAAAAUGAAGCAGUCAAGCAGGCGGGUGGUGUUUACGUGACAAAGGACGAAAUUUUUGCCCAGAGCGACAUCUUAUUCUUUAUGAUGCCCCUGUUGCCGGCUACACGACAUACUCUCAACAUGGACACUUUGCCCAAACUGAAAAAGGGCGUGAUGCUCAUCAACACGUCACGUGGUGGUCUGGUCGAUACCAAGGCAUUGUUGCAGGGGCUGCGCACAGGUGUCAUUUCUGGUUGUGGAAUGGAUGUCUAUGAGAAUGAGCAAGAAUACUUCUUCCAAGAUUGGUCUGCCAAGAGCAUUCAAGAUCCAGAUUUAACCGCACUGUUGGGUGAACCCGGGGUGGUUAUGACAGCCCACCAGGCCUUCUUCACCAAGGAAGCCGUCGACAAAAUCACUCAGACGACUAUGGAGAACCUGAGAGACUUCAAACUGGGAAAGUGUGAAUUUGAUCACCCCAACAACUGCAUCCCCAAAGACGAUUGAUCGACAUGAUUUCCCAAUAGAUAUCUUGCCGCCUUUCCUGCUCUUGAGACCACAAUACAGUAGAGUGAUUAAUUUUUAAAAAGAGACCCAUGCAUGAA